AUGACAUCACCUGAUGGUCAAAAGGAUAUAGUAAAUGAUUGUGCUAUUGAAACGAUCAAUGUUAUUAUCAAAGAUGUUGGUGACUCACUAUUUCCUAUUCUAGUUGACGAAUCUUGUGAUGUGUCAAUGAAGGAGCAAAUGUCUAUCGUUUUACGUUAUGUAGACAAAAGUGGGCAUGUCAAUGAACGUUUCAUAGGGAUUGAACAUGUUACAAGUACCACGGCUCUAUCACUUAAGGCUGCAAUUGAUAAGGUAUUUUCUAGAUAUAACUUGAGCAUGUCUAGAUUGAGAGGACAAGGUUAUGAUGGAGCAAGUAAUAUGCAAGAUGUACUUGCAAUGAUUGUUGAAGAUGAAUCUUGUUCUUAUGAUCAAAGAUCUGAUGUAACAAAUUUAUUGGAGUCGAUACAAAAAUUUGAUUUUGCAUUUAAUCUACAGUUGAUGAGAAGUGUGUUGGGAUGUCAAAUGAACUGUCAAAGGCAUUGCAAAGGAAAGAUCAAGAUAUUGUGA